AUGGCCAACGAAGGACGCAUCGCCACUCUGGACUCAACCAUCGCCGAUAGGCUCCCUGUCUACUCCAAGACUCUCUUUGACGGAAAGGCCGCCAAGGACCUGAGCUUUGAGGCAAUUGCAAAGCAUCUAGGCCGUAGCGAAGUUGCAGUGGCAGCAUUGUUCUACGGACAGGCCACCGCCUCGCCUGAGGAUGUUGAGAAACUAUCAGAGAUCCUUGACCUUCCAAAGGAGACGUUGGCUGCCCAACUAACGGGCUUCCCCAACCGUGGCCAGGCUGGACCCAUGCCUCCCACCGAGCCUCUCAUCUACCGACUGUAUGAGAUUGUUCAGAACUAUGGAUAUGCCUAUAAGGCUAUUCUUAAUGAGAAGUUCGGAGAUGGUAUUAUGAGUGCUAUUUGCUUCUCGACUACCGUGGAUAAGGAGGUGGAUGAGGCAGGCUCACCAUGGGUCGUUAUCACAUUGAAGGGCAAAUGGCUUCCUUUCAGUCGUUUCUAA